AUUCUACAAGUACAUGUUAUUCUAGCUGUGGCUAAAGGUAUCCAAAGGUAUUCAAAUAUGUAAAACUUAACUGUCUGACAGAGCAUACUAUAAGCUGUAUUUGACAGUUGAUGGCCUACAAUGACCCAGUUUUAGUCACGCUUGCAUUAGGAUAUAGGGAAUUGAAUUUUCUUGACUCCUGUCGUUUAAGUUAGCUAACCUAUCUUUACAGUCAUCACUUCUCCCUGAAAUAUAUCAACGCACCCUGUGUUUCCGUGACAUGCUAAGCUGUUGAAUAGCAAUGCGGAACAGCAACUUGUGAAGGGACUAAAUGGCUGCGAGGAAGUCUGGAUCAGACGUGUAUAACAAUGGACCCAUCAGCUACCUUGAUGAUGUUCCCUUCAAGAUAAACGACAAAUUCCGGCGUCCAGCUAAAGUGGGGUUACCCGUUGGUUUCCUUAUGCCAGAUUAUGGAGCUGUACUUGCAGACACAAAGUAUGACUUUACAUUGGAGAGGCGAAGUGUUCGCUGGGGGAUAGAACUUGCUGACGCCAGAGCAGCAGCAGCCAGAGCGGAGGAGGCAGCAGCCAAGCAGGAGGCUGAGAGCAUGGAGUCUCUGUCUCGGGAUGCUGAUGGAGUUGGAGGGAACAACCUUUGCUCCGCGGCGGAGGACCAGGACCUUCCACCGCCAGCCCUGAACCCGGUCCUUGCUGGACUCAGUCACAACGCCAUCCUCACUCCACUGCCGGCCCCCAGACUCGGCCCCAGAAAAUCCCAGGACAGCACUCCACAGCCACAAAACCUCAACCUAGCCGACUUUGAGCGGGAGGAAGACCCGUUUGACAAGCUGGAACUGAAAACCCUGGAUGAUAAGGAAGAGCUGAGGAACAUUCUGCAGAGCCAACCUCAGCCUCCGCCCUGUGUGUCUCCACCUCAGCCAGGUUCAGUAUCUUGUGGAGACAGCCCGUCACCACCCAGCACCAACACCAGCAUCUCCUCUAAGCCAGGCUUUGCCCACAAGCCGAACGGCUUGGUUGCUUUGCUGGAUAUGGACAAAGUGGGGCAUCCUAGCAGAGCGGGCUUUGACACGGACGAUCGGCCUUGUAACAUCCGCUCUCUGACGUUCCCUAAGCUCUCCGAUUCUGGUGAACCGGAGUCGAUAAAGUACAAUGCUGCACCCGUUCCCGUUCCUUCUCCUCGACGGAACCUAACCAACGGCAGCCCGCCAGCAUUACCAAAAACACAAGUCAUUGUUGCCCCCGAGCCAUCCAACCACAACAAGAGUGGAAUGCCAAAGCCGGCCAACCCUGGAACAGGAUUUACUGGUCUGCCGUGCGGUGGUGCUCUCCUCAGCAUGACGCCCAGUGAACGUCAGUGUGUGGAGACGCUUGUGGGAAUGGGUUACUCUUAUGAGGAAGUUUUACGGGCCAUGCAUAGACAGGGCCAGAAUGUGGAGCAGGUAUUGGACUAUCUGUUUCUUCAUGGUCGUCUGUGUGAGAGAGGCUUUGAUGCCAGCGCUGUGGAAGAGUGCUUAGAAAUGUACCAGUGCUCAGAAGAAAAGGCCUUGCAGUAUCUUGAACUCAUGUCCAGAUUUGGUGAAAUGGGGUUCGAGAGAGACGCGAUCAAAGAGGUUCUGUUAGUCCACAACAACGAUCAGGACAAGGCUCUGGAGGAUCUGAUGGCCCGCGCCGCUGCGAGCUGAGCCAAGCCGGCGGGGAAGCCAAAGCUCCACCCCAGGCAUCUGUCUCCGCUCCCAUCCUGAAGCCCCUUUCCCUCUGCCUACCUUAUCUCACUACUCCCUGCCCUUUUUGCCUUGGCUAUGGAAAGGACACCCCGGAGGCGAUUUCUGUCUGUGCUAAAACAUACCAUGCCUCAGCACUUCUGAAAGUUUGUGUGCCUAGAUUGGAUUGCGUUAACCUGUACCAAUACUAAAUGCUCAUUUCAGGUACUGCUGUGUUAUUGGAGUAAAUGACUGAUGCUGGGAAAUGUGGGCUGUGGCAUCUCGAUGCCACUCUUAAUUUGCUUCCUCUUGGAAGUCUUUCGAUGAAUGCAGGAGAAACUGCACAAUUAAACGGGGGAGGAGCUAGCGGUAGGCUGUGUGCACCUCAUGGGAAGACUUGUGGGAACUUAAACUCUUUGAUAAGACAGCCGCCAUGUUCCACUGCUCGCUGCAGACUUUUUAAAAAGGUGAUGGGAGUGGAGAGGUCGAGAGAAGGCCCUCUUUUCUAAUUGAACCAGCUUACAGUGAAAGGCACAAUCACAGAACAGAGCUGACUCUCAAGAAGUGCCCUCUGAGCUGUAGUGCCCAGGACCUAUUUCUGUUCUUCUUUAUGCUUUUCUUACAUUCAUGUCUCUUUUUUUCUGUUCAUUUUGGACAUCAUUUUGUCUGUUUAAAGGUUGCAUUUAUUUGCUUUCUGUUUUAGGAAUUGCAUUAUAGAUCAUUAGUCAUGAAAACUCUGAAAAUGAAAGAGUGCCCUGUUGCACUCUUCCGCCUGCACUGGAAAGAAACCUGCUACAGUGGGAAACGUUUUCUCCCUAAAAGAAAUACAAUAUAUCUCUUGCCCCAAUGUCACUGAUCAUACAACGCACAGGCACACACGUGUUUCAUUUGUUCAGAUCUUAUUUAAAAUAGUACACUGACACUUUGAUUUAAGAUUUAUUUGGAGUUCGGUUGGAUUAUGUAAGAUAUGUUAACGUACAAAUGCAUCGCUAUAGAACUGUCCUGAGCGUUUGUUUGCAGACUGAAAGAGUGAGAGGCAACAAAAAAAAAAAUAAUAUAAGCGAGGGUUGUUUGUUUUUCUGCAGCCAAAUUACAGUGCAAUAGACACAUUUCAUGUUGUAUGACUGUUGACUUGCACUUUGAGCCUCCAAAAAUGUUAAAAGGAAUGGUCGUUAAAGCCUUACUGGAAAUGUGGAUGAAAGUUUCUGUUUUAUUGAUUUCUAUCAUUUGUUUUCUGUCACUGAAUUUAAUAUGACAAAAUUUAAUCAAGGCUGAGGUUGGACUCUUCAUUUCCUCCCCUGA